AUGGCGGCGCAGACAUCAUGCGAGGAGGGCGGGGCGGACCUGCGCGAUGAGCUGGACGCCAGCGUUGAGAGUGGCUCCGGCUACAUUUGCCUCUGCGGCCCACCGAGCAGUGGGAAGACGACGUUGCUCUUGAAUUAUCUCACGGCACGCGAGCAGCACGUCCGCAACAUGAGGAGCUCCUUUCAUCUGGAGUACGUGAGUGGCAAGGCACUGGACGGUGAUCCGUUGCAGCGACUGACGUGGCGGCUCCAGCCGCGCACCAAGCGCCGGCGGGCGCAGUGCACGGUGCAGCAGUUUGGCUGCUUGGUGCGGCAGUGGCUGGACGACGCGGCGGAGGGGAGCGAGCUCCACUUCGUUCUGGACGACGCCGACACACUGGAGGACGAUGCCGCUGACGUCAAUCACUGGCUCUCGGAGUGCCUCCCGGCGGCGCCGGAGGGGCGUAAGCGAAGCGUCGUCUGCCUGUGGAUCGUUUCGCAGAUGCCGCUUCAUAUUUCCAACUCGUUUCGCUUCCAUUUCCUGUCGAAGCCUGACGCAGCCGUCGUGCAAGUGUGGCUGAACUCCCUCUUUGCGGCAAACCGCGAGUUCUUUUUUGGCGACCCCGGCCCGAGCACACCGCACUUUACGUUAGGGCAGGCGCACACGGCGGCGGUGGACGCCGUGGCUUACUACAUCACGCACCUCCCGAUGCGGGCGAGCAUCGUGGCGCAGGAUGUGCGUCAACUGCUGCAACGCGUCCACCACAUUUUGCCGUUGCUCGCGCCGCACUACACAAGCGGGCGUCCCAAUGCGAUGCAUCACUCGGCUGCGUGGGGGAAAAGACGGGAGUUGGCGAAGGUGGGGUCCGGCAAUGAUCCACUGGUGGCGGCGUUAAGGCGAAUUGGUUAUUCGGCGAUACUGUGGGCCGUGAGCGCCUUUUACUGCGGCGCCGUCCCAAGGUCAAAACAGGCCUAUGUGUUUGACGAUCAGGGGUUGCAGCGUCGUACAAGAUCGUCAGGGGCAAAUGCCACUUCACAUAAGGCAGCUGUUUUGUCCUCCUCCGCCCACAGUGUACAUGUGCCACGCCUCAUGUUGGUGUAUCGGGCUCUGCUUAAGAUUUGUGCUUAUCACAUAGACCCACUGGAGUUUGCUCCGGCGGAGACAGCUGUGCAGCACCACCACACGUUGGUCUCGUGGGGAUUGUUGGUGCCGUCCUCGCAGAACUCCAAGGCGUAUCACUGCCAUAUUCCCGUCACCUCUGCAGUUGGUCUCUCCCAACUGCUUUCGCUGAAUCUCUACGAUCUCAUUCCAAGAUGA